AUGUCUGAUCCCGCGAAGUCUGCGUCUCUUGCAGACCGAGUGACUAGACCUGGACUUGACGCAAGUUCUAGCUCGUUCACGCCUGGCGCCGCGUCCACCCAAUCGACUUCAUGGGCUGAUGAAGUAGCAUCUCCUGUUGCACCCAAAGAAGAUCCCCUUGUAUCUACCGUAGGCGACGCGCAAGUAGAUGGCCAGGUUGAGCCACUAGGCGGCUCAGGCGGUUCUUUCAUUGAUGACGUUCAAUACGAUGUUGAGGUUACGUUGACACUGGAGGAACUACAGCGCCAGGAAGGGAAUCCUCUUCACUCGGUCAAGUCCUUUGAGGAGCUUGGAUUAUCUCCCCAAGUACUACAGGGGCUUUUCGCUAUGAACUUUAAGAAGCCAUCCAAGAUCCAAGAAAAAUCACUCCCGCUCCUAUUGCGAUCUCCUCCACAAAAUAUGAUUGCGCAAUCACAAUCCGGUACUGGAAAAACGGCCGCUUUCGUUAUCACCAUCCUUUCUCGACUCGAUUAUUCUGUCAACAAGCCUCAAGCUUUGUGUCUCGCGCCUAGUCGUGAGCUUGCUCGACAAAUUGAGGGCGUAGUCAAGAGCAUAGGUCAGUUUGUCGAGGGCCUGACGAUACAAGGUGCUGUUCCCGGAGCGGUACCCCGCGGUGAACGACUGGAAUCAAAGGUGGUGGUUGGAACGCCUGGGACAGUGAUGGAUCUCAUCAAACGCCGACAAUUCGACACAUCGCAAAUGAAGAUUUUGUGCUUGGAUGAGGCUGAUAACAUGCUGGAUCAGCAAGGUCUUGGCGAACAAUGUUUACGGGUGAAGCAAAUGAUUCCAUCUCUCAGCCAAAUUUUGCUCUUUUCCGCCACCUUCCCCGAUGACGUCCUUCGUUACGCCGAGCAGUUCUGUCCGAAUGCUAUUCAGAUCAAAUUGCAACGUAAUGAUAUGAACGUAGCUGGUAUCAAGCAAAUGUACAUGGACUGCCCCUCAGACGAUGGAAAGUACGACAUCCUUGCUAGGCUUUAUGGUCUUAUGACUAUCGGCUCAUCCAUCAUUUUCGUUAAGAAACGAGAGACUGCCGAUAGUAUUGCUGCGCGAUUGUUAUCCGAUGGCCACAAUGUCGUCGCCGUCCAUGGUGCUUUCGAAGGUGGAGAGCGCGAUGCUAUUCUCGAAAAGUUUCGCUUGGGCGAGGCCAAAGUCCUGAUCACCACAAACGUUCUCGCACGUGGUAUCGAUGUGCAGUCAGUGUCCAUGGUUAUUAACUACGAUAUCCCAAUGAAGGGUCGAAGCGACAGUGAAGCCGAUUCCGAAACUUACUUGCACCGAAUCGGUCGAACCGGUAGAUUUGGACGUGUUGGUGUUAGUAUCAGUUUCGUAUUCGACCGAAAAAGUUACGUGGCUCUUCAGUCUAUUUCACAGCACUACGGCAUCGAGUUGAUCAGACUGGAUACCGAUGACUGGGAUCAAACUGAGAAAGUGGUUAAGAGCGUAAUCAAAUCCAGUCGGGCGGGCACCAACUUCAAAAAGUAA